CGCUAAAUUACAAGGCUAUAACAAAACACUUGUUUCCCGCGCUUGGUGUGUUGAGCCGUUUGAUUCAAUGUCCGUGCCGAGUGCUGAAAAAAAAACAAAUUAAAUUAGCGCGAAAAAUGGUUGACGUAAAGUCUUAAGUUUUUGAAUCUGUGCUUUUGUUUUGUGAGUGUUUGGAUUUCUACGUGAAAGUGAUGGGGUCAGGCGUAUCUGCUCUAGCAAACGAAAUACCAGGCACCGAUCUGCGCCUGCCUGCAUCGGGGCUGCGCUUCACGGCUCAGCAGAUACGGUCCCUCAACUGCUAUGUCGACACGCUGCACGAAGAAGAUCAGAAUGGUCGCAUGUCAACGGAGACGGAAUGCGCGGUGGAGAACCUUGUACAAAGAAUAGUGGACGGUGCGGGUCAGAGAGACCCUCGCUUCAAAUGCUGUCAUCUCGUUGCGCUACAUCGAGAAAAGAAGAUGCGUUCCCGAUCUCUCGAAUACUUGGUGACACUGGACUCUCUACCAGUGCUGAACGAUGGUGAAGACUGCCAGCUAUUGGAGGGGCCCGUGGGAUAUGGCAAGAUCAGACUGGGCGGCCGGGAAGCGGAUAAAUGGGCUGAAUUCCUAACUCCUGCUGGAUAUUUGUGCAGGGACAAAGUAGUGGAGCGCUGGGUGGAGCUGAUCGCCCGCUGUGCGCAGUCGAAGGGCGGGGGAGCCUCGCGCGCCCUCAGUGCCAGUGUGUUGCCUCAUGCUCGACCCUACACCUACUGUUACUUGGAACGAGCUUCACGUGAAGCGGCGCUGGAGCGUCGCCUGGCGAUAGUGGAAGGCUGCGCGUGGGUGAUGGUGCGGGUGGGCGGUGCGGGGCGCGCGGGGGAGGCGGAGGCCAAGCUCAUGCUCGCCGUCAGAGCUGCGGGCUGUAGCCAACAGUCAUACACUACACGAGUGCCGCUGACGCAUCCGUUGGCGUUGCUGCACUACACUAGUGCUCAGGGAGGUUACUACGCAGCGGCAGUGGGCCCUCCAUCAUCACUAGUAAAUACGGAAAGGGCUUCUACGUGGCAGUUGUGGCAUCCCGCCUUAGAAGCGACCCUGGAUUCGCAUUCCUCACAUCUGUCCUCUAUGGCCAAGAUCUCUGGAGCUCUCAAUAGUUUGGUUGACAAGAUGAGGGAAGGAUGUUUUCAGGGUUCUGCUUUACUCAUAAGCCGAUACGCCGCCUGGUGCGCUUAUCGAAGGCGGCUGGAUCGCUGUGCCUUGUACCGCAGUGCUGCAGCGAGGGCGUGCGUGUCUUCACACGCUGCGCAUCAUUUGCUGCUCAUUUUAGACAAUCUCUUAUACAUUUGUGAGCGCGGAGGAGUGGCCGGCUACGUGUACCAGAUAGACAGGAGUUCGCUGGUGAGGCGAGGGGCUCGAGAUACUGACUGGUCCCAAGACGCCGCCGCGAUCAGGAACUGUCUCCUUUAUCUACACAGGAUUGCUGCCCUAUUUUCAGUGGGCGAGGAAAUUCCCCAGUCGCCACCAGAGAAACUAGAAGCCGCGCUGAUCAGCCGCUGGGAAGGGCUGUCAGCGACGCCCACUGCUGGGGGAGUGGGCAGCUUCUCUAGGAACCAGCUUGCAUACCUCAACAGACUCAUCAAGGAGCUGAUCGCUUGCAAGAAUAUGAUUACUUAUGAUCAGCACAGCACAUUUCGCGCUAACUUACUUCAAGUGACAGCACAACAUCAGGAAAGCAUCGAGGAGCUCAUCCAUAUCCUGGCAAUCCUGUUGGACCAAGCUCGGGAUAUUUACUUCACUCUGCACGCACGCUCAAACUUGCAGCCAGCUGUGGGCGAAUUCGACCGAGAAAUGGCCGUUUAUAGGUCCAAGAAAUGGAACAAACUGAAGGACUAUUAUGACGCGUCGUCAGCUUGCCUCAUUGAUGCAGUCAGAAGAGACCCUGACAUUCGGAGGGAGGACCUCACCGAUGACCUCACAAUCAUGAAGAAUGUACUACAUUGGCUUUAUAAAGGAGCGAAAGAUGACAAAAAAUACCUCGGUCCAGUACUAAAACCAUUCCUCAACGACCUACAUGUAACUGCAUCAGAAAACUCGUGGUUCCUCGAAGACUUCGAAGCUAAGAAGUGUACGGGGGAGUUUGAGGGUCUGAAGGACUACUGCUUAAAGGUCCACGAUGGUAUGGAGCCAUGUGUGGGUUUGCUGGACGCUGCCAAGAGGCUUACUUGGGCAAAGGCGCUGGUUGACCUGGUGGACCGAUAUCGACAUUUUGACUUCCGUCUGGUGUUUCCAACGGGCGAUGGGCUAGCAGAGUCGUAUCCAGUGAAGCUCCCUUCGCGAAGGGAGCACAGGUCCGCGCGGGUCCUGACCUUGAGUCGGAGGGAUAAGGCGGAAGCCAAGCUGAGACUAGCAAGACGUUGUGUUUUGGCUGCUUUUACCACCGCCUUAGUGGGCAGGUCCCAAUCGAAACAGAUAUCAAGACACGGGAGUACAGAAGAAAUUCUAGCAAGUGUCCAAAAUGGAAGCUACUGGAGGAAUAUGACCAAACCUGACAUCAUACCUUCUGCUUCCCAAGAAACAGACCUUCCGAAAGUCAGACGAAGAUCUAGGCGUAGAAGACCAGCUACAUCCUAUGGUUUCCCAGAAAUUUCCAUCACAAAUCAAUCAGAUACUAAAACUUUAAGGAGGAAGUACCAUACGUUGAAGAGUUUGGUGUACACGGAACCAGUGGAAAGUAUUAGGGAGUUGAGAGAGAGACCGCGCUCUGCUGGGUCUAGUGUGAGGGAAAAAGAUGCACUGAGUAGACCCAGUAUACUUGAGACUCUGGACUUUAUUAAUGGCGUGAAGGAUGCUUUGUGCGUGGAAGAAUCUGCAACAUCAGACGCAGAAGACGGAGCGUGGUCGGUUCAAGACGAGUGGAUGAUAGGGCAGGCAUCUCCCCUCGCCCUUAUUGCCAGUCGCUGUGGUGGUGCCUUACAUCUAGCACUGGGGGAUGUUCUUCACGCGUUAUUGCUACGAGGGAAAUUCACUAUUCUUCAGGAGCUUUGUGCAUGGCUGGGCGAGUCUAGCGAAGGCGCCCUGUUCGCCCUGCAUAGACUCUCACGAGCUUCCCGUGCUCGAUCUACGGAACGUUCUACUGACACAAUAUGGAAGCUACCAGAAACGGACGUGAAGUUGCAAGAGGCUCCACAGAGGUAUCGACCGAAGCCGCCAGACUACAUGUCCGGGGACGAGGCUCCUCAACCACCGCCAUUACCGAGACAAUCGAGUAGAGACAAGAAGUUAAAACGCUAUCCAGACAUAUCGCCACCGAUCCAAAAAAUGGAGCAAAAUAUGAAUCAACUACAAAUAAGCCCACUCAAGCUCUCCCAUAAAUCCCCACUGCCACGAAAUCUCAACACACAAUAUACAGGCAUAAUCAACCCUAUAUACGACAUUAAGAUACCCAGAGAUAAAUUCACUGUUAAAAGAACUAAAUCACUAGGCAGAACUUUCAGUUCCCGAAAUCUAGGUUUAGAAAUAACUAGGUACAACUUGAGUCUAGGUCAGAGAAAUGGUAAAAGAACUAAUGAUGUAGUAACGGCUAUUAAUGAUACUACAGCUGAAACUGGUUUAGAUGUUAAGAGUCAUUUCUUUCAGAGAUAUAGUACUGCUAAUAUUGUAGGGGAUUCGUAUAGGAUUAGUAGGGUUACAAUUGAUUGAAAUACAUGUGAGCAAGAUACAAACAAGCAAAACAAAACAGAUACUAGACAUAAGCAAAGUAAGACAGAAAAACUAAGGCGCCAUCUCCACGGACGAGGGUGUUGCAGCGAUAGUCUCGUCGUGUUAGCAAAUUCG